UUUUAAUUGUAUGAAGUUCAUUGCGUUUUCUGUUGGUAAAUCAAUAGAGACUUCUUGAAUUCAAAUAUUCGUACAGAUAAUUUAGUUGAAAUUUUAAUUCGCGGGCUUUUAUAAUUGUUACAUGAAGUUUUUUGAUUCGCCAGGUUGUGAUUGAAACACAUUUUAAAUAAAUAUUUUUGUUAGUAUAUGGUUUCAGAAUACAUUUCGUUUAAUUUGUGAUUUAUUAUCAGAAACAUAAUAUUUUUAAUCUUCAUUAUCAAUUAAUAAUUAUCACAUUUAACAAAAAUGGACUCAAGGGAUAUAUCUUGUAAGAACAAAACUUGUCGUUGUUCAUGGUAAAGCGAGUCCAGAUGUAGAUCUUCCAGGAUGGUUUUGUAGAGGAUUAAUUGGCCAUUUUGAUCCCAUGACAAUGAGAUAUAAUGUUUUCUUGGUAGAUUAUGGAAUUUCAGUUACAAUGUUAAAAGAUGAUUUUAUUUUUUUACAUGAUAAUAUAUGUGAUGAAUAUUUAACAAUGGAUAUUGGUAUAUAUAACAUAAUACCUACAGUUAUUAAGAAAAGAAAAUCUACGAAUGAACUUAUACAGUUUAUUACAGAUAAAUGGACAACCAAAACUAUAAAGUUUUGUAAGGAAUUAAUUAUUGCAUCUAGCAAAAUAUAUUUUGAUAUUCUUGUCCGUGAUGAGUGUGGAAAGUAUUAUGGAGAGUUAUAUCUUCUUGUAAAUCAUGAAAUAAUAUGUUUAAGUAAAACUUUAAGCGAGAAUGGAUAUGCAACUUAUUUAAAAGAAGAUUUGUUGAAAUUAAUAGAGGAACCAAAUAGCGAGUUUGAAAAAGAAUGCGAGGAUAAUGUUACUACUUAUUUUAUAAAAAAAGUAAAUGAAAGCAAUUUUAGUGAGAAACAAGAUGUGAUCAAUUUAAAUAUAUCUCGUACUAUACAAAAAGGUUCUGAAUGUAAAGAAAGGUUACAUGAAAAAUGCUCAAAUGCAAUAACAGGAAAUGAUAUACAUAAAGUAUUAAUAUAUAGCAAUAUUUCAUGUAAAAAAUUGGAUUUUGUUUCUGAUGCUCAAUUUCCUGCAAAAAUACAUAUGGCUUGGAAUUCAUUAUUGCAAUCAAGUAAACCUAAUAAGAUGCAAUCAUAUAUUUGGCCUGCUAUAAAGCAAAAGUUAAAUGUGGUUGCUAUUGGACCUAAAGGUUCUGGUAAAACGGUUGGGUACACUUUCGCUAUUACUGGUUUACUUGCUGCACGAAAUGCUUUGCCUCAAGGAAAUAGUCCAUCUGUGUUAAUAUUAUGUGCAUCGUCUUCAGAAGUAUUCAGCGUACAUUCACUUUGUUUGAAAUUUUUGCAAGGCUAUGGUCAUAUUAAAUCAGUUACAGCAUUUAUUGGAAAAUCAGACAGAUCACUGGCGGCUGAAAUAUAUAAUGGAUGUCAGAUAUUAGUUUCAACACCAACAUUCUUGGUCAAAUUUUUAAGAACAUAUAAAAAUUUAUUAAAUUUUAACAGUCUUUGCCAUUUAAUAUUUGAUAAUGUAGAUAUGAUAUUAGAUAAAUAUUAUUCUUCUAUAUUAGAAUUACUUGAUAAACAUAAACUAAUUACAAAUAGAGAGAACCAAAGUGACGAAUUAUUUCCUUUGCAAAUAAUUUUUACUGCAAGACAUUUUACAAGACCAAUGAGAACAUUAAUUAGGAAAGUUGUGUAUAAUCCAUAUAUAUGUAUUACUUCAUUUCUAGAAGCAGUAAUAUUUAAAUCUGUUCAACCGAAGUUGUAUAUGUUAAAUUCAAAAUUGAAACUUCAAAAGCUUUUAGAUAUAUUGGGUAAUGAAUGCACGUUAAAAACUAUGAUUGUGUGUAGAACUGUUGAUGAAGCAAAAGAAGUAAAUGCAUUCUUAUCAAAACAUAAACAAAUACUUUUAGCUCACGAGGAAAAGCAUUUAUUUGAAAUAGAAGAUAUUAAAAAAUUAUGGCAAAUGUCUGUUCCUGGUUUUUAUCCUAUUAUAAUAUCUACUGAUGAAGUUUUAACCGACUUAAAUAUUACAGAUGUGGAUUGGUUGAUACACUAUUCUGUUUCAUUAGAAGUAAAAACAAAUUUUAAUUUUAGAUUUUCAACUCUUAUAAAUAAUUUACAGAAGGAAAUAACUAAAUGUGAAGUUACAAUAUUUAUCAAUGAAAAUGAUAAUAUACAAUUUCUAAGUAUAAUCAAUACGAUGAAACGGAUGGGUGUAGUAUUAUCAAAUGAUAUGUUACUUAAUAUUGAGCGUAUAUCCAUAGCAUUGGAUAAAUGUAAAAAGGAGUAUCCGAUAUGUGAUAAAGUGAAAUCAUUAGGAUUUUGUCCAGACAAAAGUAUUUGCGCAUUUAGACAUUGUAUUAUUUCUGAUGUCGAUGCACCAAUAACAAAAAUAGAAACAGGAGAUAAAGUAAAAUUUAUGAUUACAUAUAUACAUGAUGCAAGUCAUUUUUCAGGCAGAAUAAUAAGUUACGUAAAAGCAAAUAAUUCUGAAAUUAUAGAAUUUUCCAAAAAUGAAUACAUACUGCUUACAUCGAAAAUUCAAAUAUUUUUGGGAAACAUUAAUAACAGAAGAAGAUCUAAUAUCAUUGAGGUAGGAGGUAUAUAUGGCUUGGAAGACUCCAUAGAAAGUUUUAAAAGAGUACAAGUUUUACAAAUUAAAACUGUAAAGAAAAAUCGUCUUGAGACUGUUCAAAUCGCAGAUGUAAGAUGCAUUGACACCGGAAAUAUAUUAACAGAUAUUAAGGUGCAAAAAUUAUUGUCGUUACCAGAAGAAUUAUCCAAAUUACCAACACAUAUAGUAGAAAUAUUUUUGGUUGGCGUAGCUCCAUGCGAUAAUGAGUACGAAUGGAAUAAGUAUGCUAAUGAAAUUGUUUCUGAUUGGUUUGAUAAGAAUUAUAAUCAAUAUUCGUAUAUUGUUGGAAAGGUUUCUUUACAUUUGGGUAAUACAAUUUGGACUGAUACUCUUAACAUUGGAAAUAAAAUGAUUGGAAGACCUGAUAUUGUUGGUCUUAAUUUAAAAACUGAACUUAUAAAUAAAUCUCAUGCUGUUGUUAAUAAAGAUCAUAUGCAGAAUAUUUAUACAUUGUGUAAAAAUGGUGGAUUAAUUAUAAACAACCAAUGUGAUAUAGAACACUUAAAAGUUUCAUAAAAAAAAACAUUUUUCUUUAAAUAUUACUGUAUGUAUAAGCAUACAAUCCAGAGAAUAUGUUAUGUAAAAAUGAAUGACAUAAUUUUUACAAUACUGUCAUAAAUAUAAUAUUUUUA